GGACGAUUUGCGGUAUGGCCACCUACAGUCCUGCCAGAAUUGCUACACGUACAUCAACGGCGGUAGCUGCAGCUCUUGAAGACGAGGAACGCAAUUACGGUUCUGAUUUUUCGCCCGAGGAAGAACAACUGCUGGCACAAAUCUUGAAUACGCCAUCCGCCACAGAAGACAGCCCCAUCACUAGCGCAGUUGAACAUUAUGAACCGGAGCGGAAACUUCGUCUCCCUCGUGUCCUUGGGAGGGAGGGGAGGUCUGCGUUAUUUGAAGCUGCAAAAGCAGCAGAUGAGGUGGCUAAACAGAUCAACGGGUCUGUUAGUGGGGGCGAAACCUACUUGGACUGUACGACUCCCAUCGUUUUGCUAUUAUCAACCUUCUGACUGACGGUGAAGCGUCUAGUAAGCAAUCAACUCAAAGGCACGAAGGUUAUCACACCCGACAAUGUGGAGAAUAAUGGAGACGCAAACGCAACCGAGCCCAAACGGCCAGAUACGCGAUCUCCUCUCGAACGAUUUCGCACACAGCCUAGAAAAGGGCUCUCAGUCACAGAUCUGGUAUCGCCAGCAUGGUGUGAAUUGCAAUAUUGGUACUCCUUGACCCUCCAUGGAAGAAAAAAGCGUACACCAGAAAUGAAGCAAGGAAGUCGGGUGCACCAAGUGUUAGAAGAUCAGGUCCAUACCACCGUCACAGUAGAAGUGGCGACAAUAGAGGAUCGCUGGGGCUUACGGAUAUGGAAUGUCAUACAGGGCCUACAAUCACUAAGAAAUUAUGGUUUAACGCGUGAGUUGGAAAUUUGGGGAACAAUCGAUGGACUGGUAGUAAACGGUGUUAUCGAUGAGCUGAGCUACAUCUGUCCAGAUGCAGAUCUUGAAGAAACUUUCGAAAGGGCCGAAAACCCAAUUUCAACUUCUGGGAAUGAGCUUCCUCCAAACCAGGCAACAAUUUCCGAGUAUUUCAAAGCGGCCAAAGGGAGUUCUCUAAAAGAAGGUACCAGGAUCAAACAACGAACUCAAACGAAAAAGAUUUAUUUGUGUGACGUCAAAACUCGGGGCGCGAAAACCCUACCUUCGGGAGCGGCUUUCCGACCAACCAAAAUGCAACUCAUGCUCUACCACGAUUUACUUUCCGCUCUUGCGACGAACAAGGUGGAUUUUUCCAUCUUCACAAAACGAUACGGACUUGACCCAGACAAGUCUUUCUCUGAUGCUUUCAUCGCCCAAGUAGGGAGUCUCAAUGAGGAGUUUUUUGAUACUCAAACAUCCCCCGAUCCAAAUCAAGAAAGCCUUCCCUCUAGUCAGAAUUCUCUCCACGUUCUCCUUGAGCACAAUGACUUAUCCACACUCUGGGGACUCAUGAUAAAAGAAUUCCAAAUAACACUUCCUGAUGGCGCUUCCUCCUUGGGAAAAGUUCUCAAAGCUGAAUAUCGCUCACGGGAUGCGGGUGAGGUUUUAGGCAGUAAAACUUUCGCCAUGGAUGAGAAGGAAUUGAAGUCGUACCUUGAUCACGAGAUGGCAUGGUGGAAAGGAGAACGCAAAGCGGAAGGCGUAGCUAUUGAAGAAGCUUAUAAAUGUCGGAGUUGCGAGUUUGCUGAAACCUGUGAGUGGCGCCUGGAAAAGGUGGAAGAAGCAACGCAGAAGUCGCGAGCGAAGAGGAAAAAGAGUGUUGCCGCCUGAUGAGAAGGUACGUGUGGUAUUCAGAUCACAAAAAAGUUACUAUUUAGAGAUGAAUUGAC